AUGACGUCAUCGAGUGCUAGGCCUCAAAAUCGAUCGAGAAAUGUGGCUGAGCAACAAAGGUUAUUGUCAUUCACAAAUGUUAACAGCACUCACAUGCUGUGUUGUUGCUGCUGGCCGCUUUAUUCGUGUGCUUUGACUCUUAGCAUUAUCGAUACGAGUUUUGUUGGCAUAUUUACAUUUCGAUCAGCUGAAUUAGUCUUUAAAUCAACCAGAAAUAGUAAAUGGAUCGAUAUCAGUAUAUUAUUGUUUUUCUUGGCCUCUUUCACAUGUGAGUUGUUAAGUCUGUUAACUUUGGGCUUGUCUCAUUCACGUAACAAUUCUCGAUACGUAAUACCACGGAUAACUUUACUUACUGGUCAAGCUGCCUUAACAACAUUCAUAUCUUUGUUUCUAGUUUUAUACUUUGUGGGAUUUUCUCAAUAUCUUAAUGAUAUUUUUAUCAGUUCAUAUGAGUAUUGGAUGGAUGAAAAACUUUCUGCUAAUGAUCGUGCCGAUGCAGUUCAUGAAUUAUUCGUAUAUGCUGUAGGUAUUUUUAUUCUUUCAUUUAUUUACACCAUAUAUGAGCUGUUCGAGUUGUACAUCACCAAGAAAUACCAAAAUACACUUGAUACACCCCCAGAAUUUAUCCCUGUACUCCAUCAAGAACCACCAAGACCUGCUGGACCAAACUUAAAUAUGGAUCAAACACAUUACUUACCACCACCACCUUAUAAUCCUCAAUACUGCUAA